AUGGCUUUCUGCAACAAAUUCGGUGGUUUAAUGAAACUUUCUCAAACCGGAAAUGUUCCGGUUACGUCUAUGAUUGGUUCUCUCCGGUACAUGUCUACCAAGCUUUUCGUCGGAGGUCUUUCAUGGGGAACUGAUGAUCAGUCUUUGAGAGAAGCUUUUGCUCACUUUGGUGAAGUUGUUGAUGCUAAAGUCAUCAUCGAUAGAGAGUCGGGAAGGUCAAGGGGUUUUGGAUUUGUCAACUUCUCCGAUGAGACUGCUGCAAAUGCUGCCAUUUCAGAGAUGGAUGGAAAGGAUUUAAAUGGUCGUAACAUUCGAGUGAAUGUUGCUAAUGAAAGGCCAAAGGAGUUGAUUGUGAAGAAGAUGAGUUGA